GAAAUGUGGGCAAAGGGCCCAGAUGUUUUGAAUUCUCUCCUAGGAGUUCUGUUGAGAUUCAGAGAAGAGGAGGUGGCGUUCGCCGGGGAUUUGGCCAAAAUGUACAAUACCAUCCAUAUGUCCUUAUUUGAUCAGCAUUGCCAUCGCUUUUUGUGGCGAGACUUGAAGGUCCAUAACAAACCAGAUCAUUAUGUUUUAACUUGUGUCCCUUUCGGCGAUAAGCCUAGUGGUACCAUUGCCAUGCUUGCUUUAAGAUUAACUGCGGAAAUAAUUCAAGACCAGUACCCUGUUGCAGUCAAUGCCAUAGUGAAGAACAGCUAUGUGGAUGACAUACUAGGAAAUUGUGACAAUUAUGAGGGAGCAAACAAUUUACUGAGAGAGAUUGAAUUUGUUUUAGGCCAAGGAGGAUUUAAGGUGAAACAUUGGAUUCUGUCAGGUGCUCAUAACCCUAGCAAACUGGAUCUAGCAGAAACUCAAAAAGAAAAAGUCUUGGGUGUUGUGUGGGAACCCAACAGAGACGUGUUUGUGUUUAGUGUGAAAAUAAAUUUUUCUCCCAAACAUCGCAAGACACAUACGGGCCCAGAUCUUAAACCGGAUAACCUUACCGGUGAGACACCCCAGUAUUUGACCAAGAGAAUGCUUUUAAGUCAGAUUGCAACCCAAUUUGACCCCUUGGGACUUGUCUGCCCUGUAACUUUAAAGGCAAAAUUGAUGUUGAGGCAUCUUGUCUGUCCAGAGGGUGAUGAAGAUGCAAAAUACGGUUGGGAUGAUGCAGUGUUGCCACAGAUUAGAAGUGAAUGGCUGGAUUAUUUCCAGAUGAUGUUUGAGUUAGAAACUCUAUGGUUUCCCAGAUGUGUUAGGGAAGCUGACCACGUUGGUAACCCUACAUUGGUCAUAUUUUCAGACGGGUCUACUAUAGCAUAUGGAGCUUGUGCUUACGUUAGAUGGGAAUAUCGUACAGGAAUGUUUAGCUCUAGACUUUUGAUGGCUAAGUCUAAACUUGCCCCGCUCAAGCAGUUAUCAGUCCCUCGAAUUGAACUUUGUGGAGCCCUACUUGCAGCUCGGAUGAGAGAGACCAUCACAAAGGAACUUAACUAUAACUUUGAAUCUGUAAUACAUAUUGUUGACUCUGCUAUUGUCCGGGCUCAGAUUCAGAAGGAGAGUUUCGGGUUUGGUACUUUCACAGCUACGAAAAUUGCCGAGAUUCAAAGUAAAACUAAUCCCGAGGAAUGGUGGUGGAUACCUAGGAAAGACAAUCCGGCGGACAUGACCACCAAACCUGCUAAACCUGUUGAUCUUGCUGAAGGAUCCAUUUGGCAAAUGGGGCCCACCUUCCUGUCUCUCCCUAUCAGCAUGUGGCCUAUAAGGAAAGACCCUGUCUCGGAAUUACCUGAUAAAGUGGGCAUCUUCAUUUCUCACGCUGAUGCUGAUGUUACUACCACAGGUCUUUGCAAGUUGUUUGAUAUUUCUCGGUUCAAUAGCCAUGAGAAACUGAUAAGGAUUAACAGUCGUGUCAUAUGGGCGAUCAGAUCCCGAUCUCUUAGAGAAUCACUUUUAACUCCAACUGUAGAAGAUCUUGUGAUCGCUGAAAUGUUGUGGGUGAAGGAAGUUCAAUCUGAACUUGAUCCUGAUUGGGAAACUAAUUACCGUAGGUUAGGGCCUACCAGAAAUGAAGCUGGGGUGAUUGUUGUCGGUCAGCGUAUCCCUAAAUGGUUAAAGAAUAACUAUGAUCAGGACGGAUUUAUUUUGUUUUCUCCUGAUCAUGACUUUACUAAGUUGUAUGUGGAAUCUAUGCAUCGUCUGGACCAUGCUGGCAUUGAAGUAACUUUAGCCAAGAUUCAAUCCAAGUUUUGGGUACCAAAGGUCCGGAACAUGAUCAAAUCUGUGAGGUACAAAUGCAUCACCUGUCGCAAACUGAGGAAAGAAAUAGUUGGUCAACUUAUGGGACAGCUGCCAGAAGAACGCCUCAAACCAUCUCCUCCGUUUACCUACACUGCCCUAGAUUUGUACGGCCCCCUUUUAGUUAAAGAUAUGGUCAAGGGUCGCUCAAGAGGUAAAGCUUAUGGUGUAAUCUUCAACUGUUUGGCCACUCGUGCUGUUCAUCUGGAUCUAAUUGAAGGGUAUAGCACUAAGGAUUUCCUUGAUGGACUUAGAAGAUUCGUAUCUAUCCGAGGAUGUCCGCGUGAAAUUUAUUCAGAUGCUGGUACUCAACUGACUGCCGCCAGUAAAGGAUUGAUAGAUCUGUCCAGGUUAAGUUCUGAUGACAUACAAGAUUUUGCUUGCAAUAAAGGGGGAGAGGUUAAAUGGGUUUUCAAUGCAUCAGCAGACGCACCAUGGCAAAACGGUGCUAGUGAAAGUCUAAUCAAAUCCCUUAAGAGAAGUCUGACUGUGGCUAUCGGUGAUAAUGUAUUAACCUUCAGUAAAUUACAGACAACCCUUUUUGAGAUUUCAAAUAUACUAAAUGAAAGACCUAUAGGUAUAAAGCCAGGAUGUGAUCCAGAACUUGGAAAAUACCUUUGCCCUAACGACCUCCUCCUUGGACGUACCUCUAACAAAGCUCCAAAGGGUGUCUUUGAGCACUUUCCUAGUCAUGAAUCUCGAUUGCAGUUCCACCAGCGCAUUGUAGAUUCAUUUUUGAAAAAAUGGACUAGGGAUUUUUUUCCCACUCUUCUGAUUCGUCAAAAGUGGCACAUUGAGCGCCGUAAUUUACAGAUCGGUGAUAUUGUGUUGUUUCAGGACAGCAAUAUUGUACGGGGGACGUGGAAGUUUGCUGAGGUUGCAGUAGCAAAUGAAAGCAAAGAUGGUAAGGUACGAAAUGUUACUCUUAGGUAUAAACCCCAGAGAGGUGGUGUUAGGUAUAAGGGUGAAAAGAUAUACUUGUAAAGAGAUCUGCUCAUCGUAUCGUGGUAAUUUUGCCCAUUGAGGAACGUACUUGAGUUUAUACUGAAUGUUACCCUUUUUAUGCAUUACUGUGUAUCUCGCUGGUUUCAUUGUAUGUAUUCGUAUUUGUUUGUACAUUUUUUUUGUUUGUUUUGCAAUGUCAUAUGUAACAUAACUCCGGGUGGGAGUGUAUCAUUACGACCAAUGAUAAAUUCAAUUGCUGUUAUAUAUUUUAUUAAUUUUUGUCGAGUGGGUGGAUGUAUCGCUUCGCUGUCGUCUUUUGUUGUGGACGUGGCGGAGCGGAGGGGUGUAUGUUGCGCUUUGCCAUUGUCUUUUGUUGUGGAUGUGGCGGAGUGGAGGCAUGGUCAAGGGACAGGUGAACGGGCUGGCCAGUCCAGCAGAUUGGCGUGUGGGGAGUGGAAGGAUACUUGUGACGCUGGAGUGGACUGGAGGGCGUGUUGUGCAUCUGUGCCGCUACUAUCCGGGUUUGCUGGAAGCGGUAGAUGGUUGGAUACGUGAUGGGGUGUUUAUGCUGUGGGGACGCUGUGUAUAUUUACCUUGUUUGGGAUCUUCUCUCCGGGACAUCUGUGUCGUCAAUACUGUGAGUCAUUAUUACUGACAGGUACUGGUUGGUUCAUUAUUAUUGGUUGUUAUCAGUACAUACUUGUAUUAUUAUUUGUAAAUCCUGCUUUAUCCAGCUACCUGUGAUAGUAUUGUUGGUCUAUUAGCAGUCAUUAACUGCUACUUCCUCUGAUUCUUUAUAUUGAAUGUGAUGUGAAUUAAGUGAUAAUUGAAUGUGAUAUUCUAAGAUUACUUUGAGGUAACAUCCUACACAUGGAUUAUUAAGGUUGUGAGCAAGGCUUGUUUUGGGAAUUCGUGGUGAGUGUUACAUAUUGUUCACAUGUUGAAUCUUUGCCCAAUAAACGGACUGA